AUAUACGUAUAUAACAAAACGUUAUUAAGUCAAAUUCUCACAUAUAACCUAUAAAUGGUCCUUGUUAAAAAUACUAAUAAAAGAAAUGUUGACCCUCAGAGGUACUGAGACUUGAAUGUCCAGUCUUGGCAGAGGGGCAACAGUACUGUAGUGGGUGUCCGUGAGCUCAGUACGUGUAACAGCGGUUCUGUGUGGAGAAUGGAGGCAGAUGCGGUGCUGUCGGCCUGGUUCCUGUUGGGUUCGAUUGGCGGGCUGCUCAGGGACACUUGAGAACUGGCGCAGCGCCUUCACAAGAAUGUGCCGUUCUGAGAGGGGCGGAGACAAACAGUGCCUGCAUCCAUGGCGGGUGGAGGCAGUCCGAGUGUAGGUCGGUGUUUUGAGAUAGAGCGAGAGAGAGAGAGAGAGAGAGAGUAGCCUCAGUAGAUUAACACGGAGAACAUAAGCGACUCUACCUCUCUCUCUCUUUCUUCCUUUCUCGGUUCGUCUGGACCACAAUGGCUUCGUGUUUUUUUGGGUUUCCCACAGCUCGGUGGGCGUUUGUUUUUUUUCUACUGUGCCCCUGAACUAACCAGAAUCGUCCAUGGCAGAGCAGAGUGACACACACUCGAACAAGUGACCCGCCUAACAUAGUUCUGAGCGAGCGAGAGAGAGAGAGAGAGGGAAUACAGCGACGCAGGAAGAAACGCAGCAGGGUGACAUUUAAACGGAUCCCAGCCGGAUUUUCCUGCUUGUACCGCUGAAGGGCAGCCGCCGUGGAUGUUUCCCCCGUGGGGUGGUUGUUAAAAGUGGACCAUCUAGUUAGUUUUCUCCAUCCACUUCCAAUCUGCAUGGAACAAAGUGUGCUUUCUGUCACCAAACCUGCGCCGUGAGCCUCAUCUCCAGGCGGUUUGUCAGGACUCCAGCUUAUACCCCGUAACCAUCAUGAGGACCACCGAGGAGACCGAGGGCUUGGACGGCGAGGCCUCCAACACGUCCAUGAUCUCCGGGGCAAGCAGCCCCUAUCAGCCCACCACCGAGCCCGUCCACUCACGAACCGUGUUCGGGGGGUUAAGGUGUGACCUGGAGUACCUCAAGUCUUACUUUGGAAUUUUGAAGGUGGUUGAAGUGGUUUUAUCACUUAUUGGAUUAAUCUGCAUAGAGACAAUCAUGUUGUGUUCCCCUUGCGGAGCAGUCUACUUCUUUGAGUUCGUCAGCUGCAGUGCCUUCGUGGUGACGGGAGUCCUGCUUCUCAUCUUCACUCUCAGUUUCCACACCAAGGUGCCCCACGUCAACUGGAACCUCACAGACCUGGUCAACACGGCAGCCAGCACUUUCUUCUUUGCCUUGUCAUCUCUGGUUCUGGCCUGUGUAAACCACAACACUUCAGCUGAAAUAGCAGCUGUGGUCUUUGGCUUCCUGGUGACAGCUGUUUACGGAGUUAACACCUUCCUGGCCAUACGAAAAUGGCGUCUGGGGAACGGAGGUCAGAGGGCACCACAGAGCACCGACUACAUUCGAGCGCGUACAGCUUCUCGUGGAGAGAUGGAGACACGGCCAGAGCUUGCAUAAGAGACUCCGGGGAGAUUGAAUUGAUCAUCUUCUGCUUCCAGGACAGGAACUCUUCAUCUGAUAGGACGAUGCAGGGCUCACAUGAUGUUUGAAUUUUCAUCACCCACACACGUCUUAGUUUUAAAGACAAUAAAAAAAAACUCUGAUUAUUGAUUUAGCCAAGCUGCAGUUUUCAAAACAAGAGCAUCUGCAAACCUUCUGAUCCACAUGAUUCCUUCGAAUAGUUAUGAAGGAUAACCCUCUCCACCCUGAUGACGCUGUUGGCAUUUGAGAAAGUGUGAUUCACUGUGAAUGAAGUAAAGUCGAGGAAAAGUCAUCCUUCGUUUGUUUGCUAAGUUAAUGACGUUACCGUCUGAGAAGUCGAUUGCGAUCGCGGACCUCGCGAGAAACUGUACCAGGAAUGAACCAGCAGAACACUGAGGCACCUUGAUUAUUUUUGCCCGGACCUGGGACUAAGGCUGAACUUUCGUGACACAUGCCUUAAACGAGACCUUUAGAAACUGUGGCUGUUGACACUGUAGGGUCAUUGACUGAACUGGCUGAAAAGAGCUUAGUUAGUACUAAUGGAUGAAAUAGUUCAUGACAAGACCAAAGUAAAAGACAACGUUUUUCGAUUUCAUUCCACUAAUUCUGUGUCGUGUGUGUGCAGCUUCUGUACCAUUGGACAGCACUGUGAUCCCGGAGGACGUGAUUGGCUGUGGGAACACAUGACUUCUGCCUUUAAUAUAAAGCUUUUGUUCCUUCCACCUUAAAUUACACGAGGUUAAUUUAAUGAAUUCAAUAGCAGGUGAUACGUUUAAAGUCAUUACCUUUACUAACAUGGAUUAUCUCAACUUGAAGGCAUAAAAAAAA